UAAGCUUGAUCUGGCAACGGUGGCCGUUGAUGCAACACAUCUUUGCACGAAAAAAUUGUUAUAAAUAAAUAAUAUAUUGUGACAUAAACCCACCAUGCUCUCAAUAAAAUUAGCCUCCCAACUCUUUAAGCAAAGCCUUGCGUCGGGCAACAUAGCCACUGUUAACACAGCCGGUCUUAAGUAUUUCGCCCCGCCUAUCAAAUACCAGAAUGUGGAGCAGCCGGAGAGACCCAAGCUGAGGGUCGUGGAACGCCAGCCCCAGCUACCGCCAAACAUUCGUCCGCCAAAGAUGCAGAAGCGCCUGCGAUACAUGCGCGGUCCGGAGAUGGUGCACAACACGCUGCUCCACAAGCAAUACGCAAUCGUGGCCACUGGCGGAGGGCGCCUGCGCUGGGGUCACUACGAAAUGAUGCGUUUGACUAUCGGACGCAAGAUGAACGUCAAUACUAUGUUCGCCACAUGGCGCGUUCCCGCACCCUGGCAGCCGAUCACUAAGAAGGGCCAGGGCCAGCGGAUGGGCGGCGGAAAGGGAGCCAUCGACCACUACGUGACCCCCAUCAAGGCCGGUCGCGUCAUUGUCGAGAUCGCCGGCAAGUGCGAGUUCGUUGAGGUCAAGCAGUUCCUGCAGCAGGUGGCCAACCAGCUGCCCUUCCAGGCCACCGUCGUUUCCCAGGAGAUGCUCGACGAACAGCGAGUCGCCGAGGAGGAGCAGGACCGCCAGAAUGAGAACCCCUUUACCAUGAAGUACGUGAUCCAGAACAACCUCAGCGGCUGCCACCGUUGGCUCUCGCCCGUGGACCACAAGUGGUUCGGCAAGCACCUGUAGACGUAUAGCUUAAAUUAAUAAAGCCCUCCCUUCGUUAAUCUGUUACGAAA